AUGCCACUCAAAUUGCUUUGCCUGCAUGGUUGGGGCACAAACAUCAAGAUCUUGCAAUCUCAGCUGAAUGGCUUGAUGACCGAACUCCGACGAGAUAAUACGGCGACAUUCCAUUUUGUCGAAGGCGACGUUGACUCGGUGCCGGGUCCUGGCAUCGCAGGAUUCUAUGACGGUCCCUACUACAGCUAUUACAACUUUCCCCGGUCGUUUUCUGACCCUGACGGCAGCGAGGAGGAAUCCUUGCUCGAAGCAUACAACCUCCUCUAUGACAUCAUCGACGAGGACGGCCCUUUUGAUGGUAUCCUAGGCUUCUCUCACGGAGGAACCCUGGCUUCGGGCUUUCUCAUUCAUCAUGCCAAGACGUAUCCGCAUGAACCACCUCUCUUUCGAUGCGCCAUAUUCAUCAAUUCUCUACCACCGUUCCGCAUGAACCCCGAUGAGAACCCAGAAAUCGACCCAGACCUUGACGGCCAUAUCAAGAUACCGACUGUAAGCAUUGCUGGGGCGAAGGAUCCCUUGUUCGAGUAUUCGCUUGCAUUGCACAGGCUGUGUGAUCCAUCGAAGUCCACGUGGAUAGUGCACAGCAAGGCCCACGAUAUUCCCAACGAUAAGAAAAAUGUUGCUUUGAUGGCUGCAGGUAUCCGCAAGUUGGCCAUUGAAGCUUUGGCGAUAUGGUGA